AUGGCGGAAAAGCUGGGCGGCGGUGGGAAGAAGAUGAAGGCGGCGGGCAUAGCUGGUGGCACUGUGGGGGGCGUGGGUGUGGCGGCUACAGUAGCAGGUGUGGCCUUGGCUCCGUGCACUAUGGGAUUGUCUUUGAUUCUGACGGCUGCUGGUGUUGGAAUGGUCGCUGGCGGAGGUGCGGGAGGAGCUCUGGCUGUAAAGAGCAAAACGGCCAACACACAGAAGAAGAAGAAGGUGGAGGAGAUCGUGCAGGACUACAAAUCCAACAUGGUGGAUGUGGAGGAUUGUCUGGGGUUUAUCUCUGUGGGCAUGGAGCGUUUGAGCCGAAUCCACCCGAACGUCGUCCAACACUUGGACGAGGAAACAUACACAAUGCAUCAACUGGCGGAGGCCCUUAGGGGUCAAGUGGUUAACCUGAGACUGAGCAGGCGUUCCUCCAGCUUUUCCACAUCCGGCAUGGACAUUUUGUUCAGCAAGAAGGACAAGAACAGCGAGGCGGCCAGGAAGAUCAGAGAACAGGCCGAGCUGAUGAAGAACGGCCUGAGGGAGUUGACGGACAUCAGGGAUAAGAUUAACUAUGCAGAUUCGUAUGGUGUGAUAUACUACUAGGCCAACAGGUGAAAUGAGUCAUUAUAUGCCAGGCCAGCUGGUUCUAAUCAUACAUGCCGUUCAGACAAACAAGUAAUGAUGAGCUAACCUGGUUCUCACGAGAAGGGUCUGCUUCAAGAGCACGUAAGGUGCGGGCUUGAAAUCUGAGAUUUACAUAGCCUACAUUUAGCGUUUACAAACACAUUGGUACUCACAUCACGGCCUAUAUAAUAGGUUUUCUCGUGGUAUACAGUAUAACGAAUGGUAACUAGCAGAGCUUGGCGUGGCUAAAGUGAACUUGGGUAUCUUGAAAAGCGCAAAAAAAGUAAUAAUAAAAAUAAAAAUAACAUCAGCGAGCCAGGUCUUUAGCUGACAUGGUAUUACAUCUUGUCUACCAGAGUUGGCUGUUUGGGUACGGGUUGAAGACUGAGCAAGGCUUGCACUCACUGAUCACGGUUGCAUACGGAUAUAAACAAUGAGAUAUGCUCAGGUGUACUUUUGAAAUAUUAUUAAUGUAAUGUUGCUAUAGAUUUUGUUAUAGGUGUUUAAGAUGAUCAAGGUUGCAUACAGCAGAAACCACUCACAUAUGCUCAAGUGUACUUUUAUGAUACUAUUAAGGUUAUUAUUUAUGUAAUGCUGCUAUAGAAUGUAUAUAAUAUCUCAUUCAAGUCAUGCAAAGGGACAUUUUGUGUUUGAUAUGAAGUCUGAAUAGAUAUGUACUAUAACGGUUUCCUUAAUAUUUUCUGUAAAAUCAUCACAAUA